UGUCACUAUCUUCAUACAUACAAGUCCACAAUUGGAAUCAAUGAACAUAAAGUGGCUGAUUGAUUGUUAGACAUAAGCAGAUUUGAUUUAACCCAAUGGAAUCGAUUCUUAAUCUGGACUGAGACUAAUAUAGAUCUGGAUGACAAAAACCUAACUGGUUCUUGUUACUGAUGUACUUGUACACAUUCUAGUGCUGUUUAAAGGUCAAGCAAUUGUACAGUGUUGACAGAUCACCAGACCAAAUGGAGGAGUUUAAUCCACACAUUUAUGCUCAGCAAAUCUCCCCUGAUGAGUAUAAGAGGCAAGCCCAGGUAGAGACUGAACAACAAGUAAAACAACUUAGACAAUCUGAUGAGUAUCAACGCUGGAUAAAUACAUGUAGGACGUGUGGUGUUUGUUGGUAUGAAGGAGGUGUGAGUCCAGGAUGCUCUGAAUGUGGGGGACAUCCAAUGACGCGACCAUGUCCAAUCUGUUCAGGAAUGUGCAAUAAAAUAUGGAACAGAGAUACAGAUAUGUCACAUUCCUAUAGCCAAGCACAUUGGGAUGGGGAAUGUGCAUUACCAAUAGAACAGCAACAAGCUCAUAUGCUCAUGGCUCUUACAGGCACAUCUGACAGUAUUACUGAGGCAAUGAAGGACUUAAGCAGUAGUAGUAAUGAUUAA